AAUUAGCAGCCUGAGGUCGAAAGCACUUUUUUGACAAAACCAAUAACCAAAGUCGGUAGAAAUAUAGCAUUUAAUGGGACAAUUGAAACAAAAUAUCAGGAGGAAAGCUUCAAAUUGCAUCACAGCAGAAAGUUUCAUUUGUGUUUGACAUUUAUUUAAUUAUCUGCGGGAUGACAACAUGGUGGCCUUCGACGAGGAAAAAACGAAAUUGCUGAUACUUUUCGUAUUUUCUUACUUUUUGACAACAACAGCUGACCAAACAGAAUUAACAACAGAUUUUCCAGAUAGAGGAACACAUACUUUUCCAUCAGAUGAAAGCACUGUGAUAUGGCAAGGGCCUUCAGGUUCCAAUAGUACCGUCCUGGAUCCUAAUUUUUUUAAUAACACAUGCAGCAAACAGUACAUAUCGUCAUGUCCAAGCAAGGCAAAAUGUAGUGAGCUAGGAGCCUGUUGCAUUGAAUGUGAAUUUGAUACUUCAUGUACCUAUGGGGAUGAUGUGACAGUGACUUGCAAAGCUCUGGCAGAUAUUGUAUGUGAUGGCGAAAGAAACUUCACAAGGGAAUUCAACUGUCGUUAUUGCUACCAAACAGAAGAGUGGCAGCAUACUUGCACCACUCAAUCCAAUUGUCAGGCUGUGACCACACCGCGUCCUACCUAUAGGGCAAACUGCUCUGUCAAAGACCAUAUACUUUGUCUAGGACGAAGAAAGUUUUACAAGAACAGAUCAUGCAAUUGGACUAAGGGUUACAGAUGGUCCACUGCUCUCAUUUUAAGUGUAACAGUUGGUGGUUUUGGAGCAGACAGAUUUUAUUUAGGUCUCUGGAGAGAAGGGAUUGGCAAACUGUUCAGCUUUGGAGGUCUAGGAGUGUGGACUAUAGUGGAUGUCAUAUUGAUUGCAAUAGGUUAUGUUGGACCCUAUGAUGGCUCAUUAUACAUCUACUAAACAUUAUCAGGAGAACUUGAAUAAUACUGCUGAGAGUUUAAAAACAAACAUUUAAAAUCAUGGAAGUAAAAAUAAUGCUUCAAGCAAUAGGAAAGAUCAUUGUAAAUAUUGGUCAUCAUCUUGUAUAUUUUUUUCCAUUGUAAAAUAAAGUUCUUUAACAUUAU